CAUCUUUUGAGCUGGGCCGCAAUGACCUUGAAAGGUCUUGAAACUUAAAUACGACUGUCAGUAGUGUUGUGUAAAAAUGGAUCCAGUCCUGACGCCUGAAAUGAUACAUAUUGGCUCUCGCCAUUAUCGAAAGAAUGCAUCAAAACAAUGUUUCUCUCAGUCAUUCCCUACGUCUAUCAGUCAAAUUGAAGAGAUUCCAGAUGCUGAAGAAGUAUAUUUAGAUGAAAAUGAUCCAGAAACUAUUGAACUAAAUCAGAAAAUUAUGGUUGUUGAUAACGGAUACAAUGCUGCAAUCAAGGUUCCACCAUUGUUUCACAAAUUCAUUAUUGGUGUUCAACACUCAAAAAGAAAAAUGUUAGAAGACGAAUUUCGUUGUUGCAUUGAUGUCCCAAAUCCCGGUUCUAAUUCUUCAACAGUCUCUGUUACUGGGCCAUCAAGAUUUAACGUUUUGAAUGCAUGUCGUCGCAUUCUGUGGAUAGUAUCUGAUGCUCGUAAUCGCUGUCAACCAACUCACUUUAUUUGCCUUCCAGUCACCUGUCCAACUGUUAAAGAUAAUUUCCAGACAUUCCAAGAGUCAAUUUUACAAGCAGCGAGUAAAUGCUCCUCUGAUGAUUUUAUGGGGGUGGAUAGUUCUAUUUUUCAUUCCGUAUCGACGUUACAUUUCACUUUAGUAACUCUUGUGUUGGCUGAUGAAGCAGAAGUUGAAAAAGCAUGUGAAGCAUUAACGACUUUCUCUAAAUCUCAAAGAGGCAUUCAGUUAUUUGCCACCGGUCCUCUCAAACUGACUAUUAAAGACCUUGAAUACAUGAAUGAUGACCCAACUUCUGUUCAUGUACUUUACGCAAAGCUGGCGGAAUCACCGGAUACACAAAGACUACAAACAAUCGCUAACGAAUUAACAAGUUUACUUGCUGAACAAAAUCUAAUCAGUACCGGAUCUUAUCGCCCAGAUAAUAAUGUUAAAUUACAUAUGACCCUACUUAAUUCCAAAUAUCGUCAAGAAAGAAGCAAUCGUAAUGUUUCAUCUCAACGUUUCCCACCUAAUGCUCGUACAUCUUUCAGUAUAACUGGGAUUUUGAAAAUUGCAGGAAAUUUCUGCUUUACUGAAAAUCAAUCUUUUCAUCAAAUUUGUUUGUGUGAUCGUUUAUCAUUUGAUUCUUCAACCCAGUUUUAUAAAUGCUGUCAUAAACUUGAGUUUACUACUGAUAGUGCUCAGUGUUCUCGCAUAUUAAAAACGUGAAUAGUUUUGUUUAAAGUGUUUCAUUUACGUUUUGUAUGUAGUGUUUUUUAUGAAUCUGAUUUUCCGCAUUCCCUAUUUGAAUAAAACUGGUAAAAAAAAUCCCAUGUUGUGUUCUGUCCUAUUUUGAAUUACCGUUCUCUUCAGUCGCCCAAUGGCUUUACUCUUUAUACGUGACCUUAAUGUUCCAAAAAGUCAGUCACCCAAAUACAUAAUGAGUCUUCUAUUGUUUUCGGUCCGUCAUUUCACUUUCAAACUAUAGCACAUUCGACUAAUAA